UUCCAAAAUAGGAAAUGUUGAUGCAGAUGCUUAGUCUUCUUCGUAUCCAUGCGACAUGGAUCAUGGUGUGCGGCGCGGGCGUAUCCUGCUUGCUGACCCCAUCGUGUGGGGCGGGACCCUGAUCAUUGCAAUAUUGAGCGAGAGCGCGAGCGCGCCCGGUGGCGCCGCGCCGCCAAUCGCAGCCCAGCGGGACCUGGCGCGCGGCUGGGCGAAUAUCCGGGCGCCCACUCGCAUCGUCCCGCUCAAUUGCGUCGGGCCGCGGGCGGGAGGAUAAAUCUCCUGCGCGUGCGGGCAAUAUAUUCAGCGGGAUCGAGGGCGCAUCAGGUCGGUGUUCAACAGGGUGCUCGGAAUGGGUGCAAAGCGUGCCAGAUGUGAAG